UCUAUGCUCAAAAUAAAUAGCACAUUGGUACAUUUGCUUUGCCUGGCAACAUUCGAUAAAAUGUCAAGUGUCAUCUUUUAAAAAAGUUUCUUUUUCCGGUGGUGUCCUUUCUCGGACGCCCGAUUCCUAAAUAGAUUUUAGGGAUAAAUUAAAAUGGGUUUCGUGAAAGUUGUGAAGAACAAGCAAUACUUCAAGAGGUACCAAGUUAAGUUCAAGAGGCGUCGUGAGGGAAAAACCGACUACUAUGCCCGUAAACGCCUUGUUGUACAAGACAAGAACAAGUACAACACACCCAAGUACCGCCUGAUCGUCCGUCUGUCCAACAAGGAUGUGACCUGCCAGGUGGCAUACUCCCGCAUUGAGGGUGACCACAUUGUGUGCGCUGCCUACUCCCACGAACUGCCACGCUACGGCGUCAAGGUUGGUUUGACAAACUAUGCUGCUGCCUACUGUACCGGGCUGCUGCUUGCAAGAAGACUGCUCCAGAGGCUCGGCCUUGACUCCCUUUACAGUGGCGCCACUGAAGUCACUGGUGACGAAUACAACGUAGAACCCGUAGACAAUGGCCCAGGCGCUUUCAGAUGUUACCUUGAUGUUGGUCUGGCACGUACCACCACUGGAGCUCGUGUCUUUGGCGCCAUGAAGGGAGCAGUUGAUGGUGGCCUAAAUGUCCCUCAUUCCAUCAAGAGAUUCCCUGGUUAUGACGCUGAAGCAAAGAAAUUCAAUGCUGAAGUACACAGAGCACACAUCUUCGGUCUACACGUGGCUGAAUACAUGCGCAGUCUUGAGGCUGAUGAUGAAGACUCCUUCAAGAGACAGUUCGGCAAAUACAUCAAACUUGGUGUUACUGCUGAUGCUAUUGAAGCCACUUACAAGAAAGCACAUGAAUUGAUCCGCGCCGACCCAUCUCACAAGAAGAAGGAAGCCAAGAAGGACCCUGGCAAGCAGAAGCGCUGGAACAAGCGCAAGCUGACCCUGGCCGAGAGGAAGAACAGGAUCAAGCAGAAGAAGGCUUCCUAUAUCAAGAAGCUCCAGGCUCAGGCGGAGGCGUAGGCUAUAACAUCAAUAAAUGCCUAUGUAAUCUAAA